AUGAAUACUACUGGGAUGACAGGCACAUCACUUCCACAGAACAUCUACUCCAGAUCUCAACUCAAUAAGUCCUACUCUAGCACGGUCAUCGGAAUUUCUGAAGAAACUCCACAACGGAUUCUCCGACCCGGGGUAUACGUGCCGACACUUGCAUUCUUUAAAAAAGAAAACGAAGAGUUGGAUGAAGCAACCAUCGCCCAACAUGCAGUGCGGAUGGUCAAGGCUGGGGUGGUCGGACUCGUGACGCAGGGCACCUUUGGCGAGGCCGUUCAUCUCUCACACAUCGAGCGAUGCAAAAUCACCCGGACUACGCGACAUGCGAUCGGCGCUGCCGGCUACGUACAGAUCCCGAUCAUCGUGGGCUGCGGCGCCCAGUCAACAAGCGAAGCCAUCGAGCUUUGCCACGCUGCCCAAUCGUCCGGGGCCGAUUAUGCGCUUGUCCUCCCGCCAUCCAUCUACAAAGCACACUAUAGCAAAGACAUACUCCGGGAUUUCUUCACAGAUAUCGCCAGCAUGUCUCCUCUCCCGAUCUUGAUCUACAACUACCCCACGGUAACAAACGGAGUAGAUCUUGACUCCGACCUGAUCAUCGAGCUCGCCAAACAUCCCAACAUCGUGGGCUGCAAGCUGAGCUGCAACAACAUGGGCAAAUUCAACCGCGUGGCGGCGGCAACCCGGCCGGCCACCGAGACCGGACGUGGGUCGGGAUUCAUGUGUUUUGGGGGCCAGGCCGAGUCGGCUCUGCAAACCCUGACGGGCGCCGGCUCGGGCGUGAUUACCGGCCUGGCGAAUCUGGCGCCCAAGACCUGUGUGCGACUGGUGGAAUUGCACCGGCUGUCGACGCAGGAGAGUUGGGACUUGCAGGGCGUGGUGGCUCGUGCGGACGCGGUGGUGACGAGUGGUGGGAUUGCGGGACUCAAAUGUACGUUGGAGUCGUUUUUGGGGUAUGGCGGGUAUGCUCGAAAACCAUUGCCUCGGCCUAGUCAAGAGCAGAUUGGGCGGCUGUCGGAUCAAUUUCGAGAGAUUGUGGACCUCGAGAAAUCGCUCUAG